AUGGUGCACAUCCAGAACAUCUCAGCGGAGAGCUCCGAGGUGCAGGAGUUCCGGCGCGUGGUGUGGACUGGGAAGAGCAGCCAGCUGGUCUUGAUGAGUGUGCCUCCUGGAGGUGAUAUCGGGGAAGAAGUACACCAUGUGGAUCAACACCUGUUUUUUACGGCCGGAAAGGCAAAGGCGGUGGUAGGAGGGGAAGAGAAGGUGGUUGAGGCUGGGGAUCUGGUCAUCGUCCCUCAGGGAGUCAAGCACAACUUUGUGAAUGCUGGGCCCACACCCUUCACGCUGUAUACGGUCUAUGCACCAGCGGAGCACGACCCAAGAUCGGUACACAAGACCAAGGAGGAAGGGGAUAAGCUGGAAGAUGAGGGGAAGGACGAAGCCCCCAAGUGGGCCAAGUAG